GGCCUUCUUUUUAAACUGGCCCUGAUUUGGGAUUUCAAUUUUUCAAUCCCAAAUAGCAUCGAUCUUUCACUCUUCCGCCGAGCGAAGCAAAGUGAAAAAAAUGGCGACGAAUUCGUCUAAGCCAGCCGUUCCGAGCGGUGGAAGAGCGGCAAGCAGCAGAGAAGGGUCAGCAAAAGCCAUGGUGGCCGAACAAAUCUCUCAGGCCGUUCAAUCCACCUCCAAUCUCCUCCACCUCAUGCAAGAAUCCUCUCCUUCACAGGUGUCUUGUUUACAGGUCCACUUAGCAAAGCUUCCUAGAAACCUAUUGGCUAAAACCUCUACUAUUAAGAACACUGAGCAGAUAUUAGAGCAGAUGCCCCAUGUAAUUUCAUCUUUGGAUGCACAUUUGGACAAUGGAUUACAAAGCGUUCCUCAUCUCAAAACAGUAACUCAACUACUUGCUAAUAUGGAAAGCUGCCAGCUUAAGUCUUUGUCCAAAGCUCCAUCCUCACAAGAGAAUUUUUUUUACGAUAUGAUGCGAUGCCUCGCCACAAGAUAUGGCCCAAAGUCAAAUAUUCACUUGCCAAAGAGCAAAUGUGCCAACCACUCUUGAGUUUUUGUCAAUUGCCGUCUUAGUGAAGCUCUUAGAAUGCAAAAAAAUUUCAGGUUAAUUAUCCUGUUUAAGUAUGUAAUUGUCCUACAUACAUCCAUAUGUGUUAAGUUAUGGAUGUAGUGUGUAAUUAGUUUAUCAUUGAUCUCUUAUGUAAAUAGAUUUGCAGAUAAGGGUCUUAGUGUGUUUACUUCUUUACUCUUGUAUAACUUCAACGUAAUGAGAAAAGUAACCCUAAUUUUUAGGUCUCAAUUCUAUCGUCUAAUUUUACAUGGUAUCAUAGCUUUAGUUGGGCCUUUCCAUGGUGGACCGUUGUCCAGUUGCCAUGCUUUGUGGGCCAGGAAGGUGUGUUAGAUUGUGUCCCACAUCGCUUGAAUAUGGCCCCUCUAUUUUGGUUAUAAGAUACAGCCUUUCCUACUCGAUUCAAGUCUGUUCCAACCAUUUCGGUGCUCUUUUCAAGUGCCCUUUUACUGUUUCGGCAG